GCGCACUGCCUGCGGUCUUACUAAUCUUGGCGCUUGAAAUGAAUGUCAGAUUCUUUAUUACAAAUCCAAAUUCAAAUUACGAAUCAGCGCAGCAGGAUAGCAGGAUCGAAUAUGUCUCAUUUCGUGAGUAAUCCGUCCCAUCAGAACUACUACUUCAAGGACUCGGUUGCCUACACCGUGGACCACAUCCCCGUGCAGAAGCUCUAUUUUUACAAGGUUCCCCCGGAGCUCGCCCAGAACGAUUUGAGAAAGCACUUUGGGAUCUACGGGCGCGUGCUUCGCAUGCAGAUCUACCAGCCCCGCGGACGAGGCGGACGCAAGCACAAACCCAGUCUGCUGACAGGCUACGUCUCCUACGCCGAGAAACGAGAUGCAGCCAAGGCUCUGCACAGCCGGAUUCACCACCUGAAAGGUCACAAGUUCCAGGUGCAGGCCAGUGACAGCUGGCACCAGCCGGACGCCUAUGGGCCGGCGAUGCUACCGAACGACAAGGUUAAAGCGCCGCCGGCAAUCAUGAGCCUAAACGAUCACUGCUUGGAGCAUGUGCUGCAGUGCCUCACACUGUCCGAUCAGAUACACUUUGCCAGGACUUGCCUGCGCUUCAGAGCGGUCUACCAGAUGGCCACCGCCAGGCUGCACAAGGAGGUGAGCUUGGAUCAGUUCGAUGGCAUGACCGUCUGGGACCUACGCGACUUCUUCGAGCUGUCCGGUUGCCAUGUACAGAAAGUGGAGGGCACGAUGCCCACGGUUCACGAGCUGCGCCUGUGCGACUUCUUGGCCGUCAAGUGCAGCAAUAUCCAAACAAUGGAGCUGUUCAACACUCCCAUGUCCUCGCGCAACAUGCACAAGGUAUUCGGAAAGAUGCCCAAGCUGAAGACGCUCCAUUUGAUCAUGUCGAAUGUCUCCGAUAGCAAUCUCAUGGCCCUGCGAAAUCUGAGUAGCUUAAAGACUCUCAAUCUUGAUGGAAAUCCAUUGGAAGGCAAAAACUUGGCGAAGAUGCCGCCCACCAUCGAAUCAUUGUCCCUUAACAAGUGCAGUUACUUUGAAGACAAUUACCUUUCCAGAACAUGCAACUCCUUUCCGCAGCUUAAGGAGCUCAGUAUAGUGAACAUUAACCUGUCGUGUCUUAAGAUCUACGAAACCAUAGUCAACGAAAAGUCCUGUGCCCAGCUUGAGAGCCUGUCAAUGUCCAUCGAAGAAGACGUAGAGUACGAGUUUGUUGCUCAUUUGCCCAGCCUGAAGCGACUGUAUGUCUUCACCACCACGCCUGUGCGCGACCAUUUUCGCAAGGAGCUCUUCGAGCAGCUGGCGCAGCACAAAGCGGAGCAGUUAGAGAGACUUGAGAUUUUUGGUCACGUCCCCCUGACCAGUGAAAUGAUUCUUGACGUUGCCAAGCUGGUCGGAUUACGCACUCUCACCUUAUCCCGCAUGCAGACGGACCGUUUAAUGGACGCUUUAUGUAGUCUGCACACGUUGGAGAAGUUCACCCUCCGGCACUCGAUGACUGUACCGGACACUUUGAUCCUGCGCUUCUUCAGUGCCUGCCGCAAUCUAAGCUACGUGGCGCUAGAGGAUUACAUCGCGCCUAGCGAGCAACUGGUGCUGGGCAUCGUGGCCAAGGUGCGCGAGGAAAUUGCCAUCAUGCAGCUCAAGCGCAAGUUACCCAUCCAGCUCUGGAUCCCGUUGGGCUUCAACCUCGAGAAGCUCUUCAAGGAGCAUCCUGAUAAAGUUCCUGAGGAUAUUAUCAAAAUUAAGUGCACGUCCUCCGACGAAUACGUUUUGAACAACGAAUAUGCCAUGAUACAGACCGAUGAGGACUUCGAUUCGGAUGAUCUGGACCUUUUUGAUGACUCAGAUGAUGACUCUGACUACGACUUAUACGAUGCAGGUUUUCUGAGCGAUGAAGAAGCUGGCUCGGAUUCCGAUUCGGAUCCGAAUUAUGGCUACGUUCAUCCCUCGUGGCCCUACGACCAUAAUGGAGAUUUUAUUGGUUUCGGAAUAUGGGAUUCAGAUUGAUUACCAGGCAAUCCUAAGAGCCGUUAAACCUUAUAAUUUUUUUUAUACAAUUUAUAUCCAUUUUUAAAUGGAAAUGAAAAUUUCGUUAACAAAUAAACAGAUCGUAAAUAAUUAAAAUCUGUUUUC